GGCUGGGGCUGGAAAAACAUGUAACGGUGCGAGGUACGCCGCACCUACGCACCCACGACAUCCUUAACUGAGACCCAGUUCACCAAGAGAGACCAACUGACUUCUUUUAUGGAGUGGUGGGAAAGGCCCAGUCCCCCACCCUGAUCAGGCCAAACCCACAGGCGACAAAGCUGCAGCCAUGAGCACCACAGGCAAGGUCAGCGGGCUCAAACCCCCCACUAAGAUAGCCCGACCAUCUGGGGUGCCAGGAAAAACCUCUCCAUCGUCUGGUACUCAGAAGCCAGUUCCUCCGGAGAAACACCACGGCAUUGUGACCUCCCCGACCCAGGAAGACUUUAAGAUCGGAGAGCGAGUCUGGGUCAACGGCAACAAGCCCGGCUACGUGCAGUUCAUCGGGGGGACUCAGUUUGCUCCCGGGCAGUGGGCGGGGAUUGUGUUGGACGAGCAUAUAGGGAAGAAUGACGGCUCUGUGGCGGGGGUCCGGUACUUUCAGUGUGAGGAUGGGAGGGGGAUCUUCACACGUCCUUCAAAGCUCUCCAAGACUGCGCUGCCUGAAAGGGAGGCAAACGGAGGGCACGCCAGUCCAGCACCAGGAGCUGCUGCACCUGCAGCCAGCGAGUCUGCACCUGCUGGAACGACCUCAGCUGCUCAGGGCAGUGGCAUCAAGACUGCACUUCAGCGUAUGCACGUUCAGUCCAGCGAGUCAGUGUCGAACCUGUCAGACACAGAAUCCAUGAAGAAGAUCAAGAGAGAGCUGAGGCUGGGAGACCGCGUGCUGGUGGGUGGUACAAAAGCAGGAGUGGUGCGAUUUCUGGGAGAGACAGACUUUGCGAAAGGGGACUGGUGCGGAGUGGAACUGGAUGAACCACUGGGAAAGAAUGACGGAGCUGUAGCAGGGACCAGAUAUUUCCAGUGCCUGCCCAGAUACGGCCUGUUUGCUCCGGUCCACAAGGUGACACGUAUCGGCUUCCCCUGCACCACGCCGACCAAGGCCAAGAGCUCUCGGAGGAGGUCCACCCUGAAGAGGAGCCCAAGUGCCUCCUCCAUCAGCUCAAUCAGCUCCACCACCUCCUCCAUCAGCGGCAAACCCAGCCGGGCUGGACUGCUGACAGAGACGUCUGCUCGAUAUGCUCGUAAGAUCUCCGGCACCACAGCCCUCCAGGAGGCUCUGAAGGAGAAGCAGCAGCACAUCGAGCAGCUGCUGGUGGAGAGGGACCUGGAGAGGGGUGAGGUGGCCAAGGCAACGAGCCAUGCGGGAGAGGUGCAGCAUGAGUUGGUGCAGCUGAGGAAAGGACGGGAUCAGUAUGCCGGAGAGAUGGAGGCCAAGUUGGAUCAGCUGCGUUCGCUGGUGGAGGCAGCCGACCGAGAGAAAGUGGAGCUGCUCAACCAGCUAGAGGAGGAGAAGAGGAAAGUGGAGGAUCUGCAGUUCAGCGUGGAAGAAGCGUGCAUCACCAAAGGAGACCUGGAGACGCAGACCAGGCUGGAGCAUGCCCACAUAAAGGAGCUCGAGCAGAGCCUGCUCUUUGAAAAGACCAAAGCUGAAAAACUCCAGAGGGAUUUAGAGGACACUAGGGUGGCCACGGUGUCGGAGCGCUCCAGGAUCAUGGAGCUGGAGAGGGAGGUGGCAGACCUCCAGCUCAGGCUUCGGGCGUCCAAGCAGAAGGAGGAUGCUGGGUCUCUGUCCCAGCAGCAGAUCAGCAGCCUGAAGGCCCAGGCGCAGUCUCAGGAGAAAAAAAUCAGUGAGCUGAGCGUCGACGUGGAGAGCAAACAGAAAGAGCUUCAGUCUCUGCAGAAAGAUAAGAGCGACAUGGAACAGCAGCUGGCUGAACUGAGACAAAAGCUUGAGACAGCUGAGGAGGAGAGCAAGAGGACGGCGAAGAGCACGCAAGAAUUGGAGCAGAGUUUGGAGAAGUCGAAUAAGGAUUACCAAACCCUGAGAGAGGAGAGUCAGAACAGAGAGAAAGAGCUGACACAGGCUACUGAAAAGUUCGACAGGACGGCGCUGACGCUUGAGCAGCUGACCAAUGAGAAGAAGACGCUUGAGACGCAGCUAGAGGCGUUGAAACAGCAGAACUCCAAAUACCAGGAGGAGCUGAGUGUGUCGACGGAGCGGAGCAGCUCAGAAAAUCAGCGGAUCGGAGUCCUCUGCAAGGAAAUUGAGGAGCUGAAGCUGGCCUCCCAGAAGCAUCUCGAGGAGAACAAUGAGGAGAGAAAGAGUCAACAGCCAGACAUGAAGACCAGAGAAAACAUUUCAAAUCAGGAGAUGGAGGGGGGCAUCAACUACCAGAACUCCACCGGAGCUUUAAUCUCAGAGAAAGACCGGGAGCUGGAAACUCUGAGGAACGAGAUCGCAGUGCUACGAGGGGAAAAUGCCAUGGCCAAGACUCUGCAGUCGGCCGUGGAGACGCUGGAGAGGGACAAAGCUCAGCUGAAGGGACGUGUGCACAGUCUGGAGCAAAGGCUCAUGGGAACACAGGGAGUGGAUGGAGGAGACAGAGACGCUGUGCCAACAGGUGAUUCUGCAGCUCUGGAGCAGCUCAGAGAGGAGAAGGAGUUUGCAGAGGGACAGAUCAACUUCCUGAACAGUGUGAUCGUGGACUUGCAGCGGAAGAAUGAGGAGCUGAAGAUCAAACUGAAGAAGCUUGCUCUGACUGAGUUCAACGGCAAUGAAGGGACCGAUGGAUUUACGGAGGGCGUGCCAAAGCGGGACAAGAAGGCAACCCCGCGCCUCUUCUGCGACAUCUGCGACUGCUUUGACCUCCACGACACCGAGGACUGCCCCACACAGGCCCAGAGCCCCGACUCUGUUCCCCACACCACCUAUCACGGCAAACCAUCCGACGAGAGGCCCUACUGCGACAUCUGCGAGGCCUUCGGACACGCCACCGAGUCCUGUAACGACGAUCAGACCUUCUAGCGGCUCCAAAAAAGAAAAACUCUCGACCUUCCUCUUUCUUCUUCUUCCCCUUUAACUCACCUUUUACUCUCCCCAACAUGCCUGACUGCGUCCCUACAGAUUUGAUCAUAUUGUAUUUUUAUACUGUAUUUAUGCAUAUCACUGGUAGCCACUGUUCUGAUCGGAUUCCUUUUACUCUGCAGCUCUUCUCUCGAAAGAUAACGCUCGUCCAAAAAAAAACGCUGCUUCGGUGCAAUAUUGAUGUUUUUGACUAAAGGAACCCGUCCUCUGCACUCGUCGUUUUUUUAAUGUGUUGUUUUGCAUUCAUUUUGUUUCUAAAAUUCUGCAUAGGUGAUGUUUUACACACGUUUAUUUUCCGGGCUUUAUUUGCUAUUUUGCAAAAAGAAAAUGCAACAGAUCAAAGCACAGAUGAAAGUGAAGGGGAAAUGAAGCACCUUUAAGACUUUACAUUCCUGUUUUCCUGCAGCACAUUCCUCAGUCUGUCCAGCUACCGAGAGCGAUACUGCCAUGUCAGACAUGUGACUAAUAUUGUAUGUUAGAUAACAGAUGUUUUAACUCCUUCUGUAUCAACCUGAGAUCGAGUAUUAAGGCCACUAUCAGAGACAUUUUUUUAUAAUAUUAUGACUUCUGUUAAUGUAUUAUAACCAUUAAAGAGAUAUCACACCUUUGUCAGCCGAGGUGUCUGAUAAAUAGAAGAAAUAUAACUCUGUAUUAACAACAUAUUACAACUAUAUCUUUCUUUGUUACAUGUUAACUUAAUUUAAAAAAGCAUUUUCCUAAAGAUAACACUUUUUUAUUACUAUGAUUAAUUAAUAAUAUGCCUUAAACGACAAGAUAUUUUCAUUAUUUGAGAAUAUAAACUUUUUCAUCAUGAUGCCUUCAUUCUAGAAAUACCAUUAGUUUAUUUCUCAACAUUUUAGAACAGUUGCCCCCAAACUCUUUGAUUUUUACAAACUUUUUAAGGAUUUUUAUAACUUUUUGUUGAAGACUUCACUACUUUAUUCACAAAAUGUUAUAAAUGUAUCCUUACUUCUUUUGUAGAAAAAGAGAUUUGAAGACAGAGAUUACUUUUGAUUUGACAUGUAGUAACAGUUUCUGCCUGAAUGAUUACCAUAUUUUUCCUAAAAAUCCUUCGAAAAAUGUAAAAAAAAAUCUAUAUGGAAUUUUAUCCUUAAAUUAUAGCAUAUAUAUAAUUACUGUAAGAAAUAACCCUCCCCCCCUAAAUAUAUGACUGCUUUAAUAUCAAAUGUUUGACUUACCAAUAACAACAUACCAAUCACUUUGUCAUAAUGUUGUUGUUGUUGGUGUUGUUUUUGUUUUUGACCCCUGUAGUGGCCUUAAUACUCUUUCAUAAAUGACCUAAAUGCAAACCUUUGGAAAAAACAAUUACACUUUGUAUCAUGGUAUUGGAAAACUGUAGCAUUCAAGGUCACCAGCUUGUUUAGUCAGAGUUUGGUGCUGCAUCUCACUGUCCUCGUUUCAUUCGUUUACAACAAGUUAAAACCCCUUUUUUUUAAUCUAUCUGCUGAUGAAGACCCUGGAUUACAAAUGGAAACUAAUUAAAAAUGUUGGUAGCUGUAAUUGAACUUAAAGGGACACUCCACAAAUUCGGCACAUAGAGGUCAGUUUUACUCGUUUACUUGUUUCUUUAUAAAGGCGUCACAAUUUUUGUUUGGAUGAAUAUUCAACGUCCAUUUUAACAGUUUUUCUGGAGCUUUUUAUUACCGUCACACUACCUUCAAGCUACAUGCUGAGAAUCCUAGGUGUUCAAAUGUUGUACUUUUCUGAGCACUAUUUCAGUGUUUGCAUGAAAAUGUGGUAAAAAGCUCCAGAAGAGCAACUGAACAGACUGUUUUGUUUUGUCAGCUUCGGUUUCCAAUGUCAACAUUUUUCAUGUGAUUUUUUUUCUCCAUGGGUCACCACAGAGGUUUACAUCUUUAAAAAAAAAUGCCACUGAAGUAACCGAGGAUUUUUUGUUUUAACAAUAAUGUUUUUUUUGUUUGUUAUUUAUUGUCUAAUCUUUCACUAACCGGCGAUGUUCCUACAGAGAAAUAAGCUAGCACUGAUUAAAGGUGUACGGUCUGUACGAGGACUACUGUAAUAUAGGUUGGCUUUUGAAAUGCAUCUGCCUCAUGUUACAGUCACCAGAUGAAACUUUAGAAGCCUCUACUAACUUAGUUUUUUUUGCACUGUCCACUUUAAAGAUUCAGAAGAAAUGUGCUGCGCUUUAACAUUAGGAUUCCAAAUAUGAAGUCAUUUUAUCAAAAAAAGGUUGAUAUGUAAUAUUGUGUGUACAUACUGCACUCUUUUAAAGCACAUAUUUCACAUUUUGGGAAAUGUUCUUAUUUGCUUUGUUGCAAAGAAUAACAAUUGAUUAAACUCUCAUGUCCAUAUGCUAAUUAUGGAUCUACAGCAGGUUAGCUUAGCUUAGCAACAGACUCCUUUUUCCUGCCUCUUUUGACUGUGAGAACUACAGAUGUGUGUAUUUUUAAUCUAAUUUAUAUAAUACCAAAAAAUGAAAUUAAUGUGAUUUAAAGUUGUUAAGAAAUAAUUUAUUUAACCAUAAGGUGGCGACAGGCUAGCAGCUUCCAGUUUAAGCUUAGCUAACUUUGUUGUUUGUUUGUUUUUUUAGCAAAUUGUCUCAAAUUAUGUCAUUUGAGUCCAAGACGACAAGUUUAAAAAAAAAAAAAAAAAAAAAGUGACAUUAGCAGCUCCAGAUUUCAUUAUCUGCUACAUGCAUAACCCAGUGUCUGUAGUAAUGUGGGUAGUACAGGCACCAUCCUAACCCUGUACAGAUAAAAUAUUGGCCUGUGAUGUAAAGUUGCGUCUUUUUAUCAAAUCUAAUCACGAGUCAUAACCUGGCUAGCCCCAACUUCCAUUUUCUGUGCUAAAAUCUGCUAACAGCUUGUUAGCUAUAGCAUCAUAGUUAGCAUGCAGAUAAGAGAGUGGCAUCAGUUUUUUUACUUCCUGCUAACACAAAGAAAAGAAGAAUCUUUCCUAAUAUGUUGAACUAUUCUUCUAAGUUAACCCUGCAGCUAUUGGACUUAUUAAGCACAAUAUUGGAUCAUAUUGAAUCUGCCAGUGUAACAGUGUAUAUAUAAUACAUGACGUAACUAACCAUUAACACUAGUCCUUGUAAAUACUCAUCAGAGGUUUCCUUAUGAUAAAUGUGUACACAGUGCCAUGGAAGCUAAAUAUAACUUUUAUGUGAACUACACUUUAUUUUUCUGCCCUGUUGAUAAGAUUCACAUUGUUUAAGGAGGUUUUCGGGGGGGUCAAUUUGUAUGGAUUUCAAAAAACAUUGUGUACUUUAUAAGUGGUGCGUCUAAUUAUUAUUGUAAUGUUUUAUAUGGCACCAUCUAGACGUGGUUAUGAAAUGUUUAAACCAGUUUUACAGAUGUUGACGUGGUGUAAAAGUCACUGUUUUCUAUGUUCUGUAUACUCCUGAACAGUCCAGUAGAAAUACUAAGAAAAAGAAAAGCU